CACACCGGUCGGGCCAUGCGGUUCUUUACAAAAGUGCAGAAGCGCCCUCUGCCGGCUGCACCCUCUGCGGCCUCGGGUUUCCCCUCGCCACCUGGAAGGGGGGCCUUGCCUCAGGUUCCCCUCCGGUCCGUCCCUGCAGACCUCCGCGAGAACCUGGAGGAGAUCCUCCCGCAGCUGCAGGCGGAGCACGUGCGCUGCUUCUACCUCGGCCUCACCUCCCCGACGCCGGGGGUGGAGGCGCUGGAGCCCGCGCUGGACGCCGCGCCCCUGGACCCCGUGCCCGCUGACCUGCGCGCGGGCAUCACACGGAAGAGCCCUGCCCUGUUCAUCUACACCUCGGGGACCACCGGGCUCCCGAAGCCGGCCAUCCUCACGCACGAGCGGGUGCUGCAGAUGAUCAGGAUGCUGUCCCUGAGCGGGGUCACGGCUGACGACGUGGUCUACUCCGUCCUGCCCCUGUACCACGCAAUGGGCCUGGUCCUCGGGGUGCUCGGCUGCCUGGAGCUCGGAGCCACCUGUGUCCUGGCCCCCAAGUUCUCCGCCUCCUGCUUCUGGGAGGACUGUCGACGGCACCGAGUGACUGUGAUCCAGUAUGUGGGCGAGGUUCUGCGGUACCUGUGCAACGCUCCCCAGCGACCAGAGGACCGGACGCACACCGUCCGCCUGGCGUUUGGCAACGGGCUCCGCGCGGACGUGUGGGAGGCCUUCCAGCGACGCUUCGGGCCCAUUCGGAUCUUCGAAGUCUACGGCUCCACGGAAGGCAACACCGGCUUCGUCAACUACCCCGGGCGCCGCGGGGCCGUGGGCAAGACCAGCUGCCUCCUCCGCGCGCUGUCCCCCUUCGAGCUCGUGCAGUUCGACACGGAGGCGGCGGAGCCCGUGCGGGACCGAGCGGGCUUCUGCGUGCCCGUGGGGCCAGGGGAGCCCGGGCUGCUGCUGACCCGGGUGCUGGGCCGCAACCCCUUCCUGGGCUACCGCGGGCCCCGCGAGCUGUCGGAACGGAAGCUGGUGCGGAAGGUGCGGCGCGCGGACGACAUUUACUACAACACCGGGGACGUGCUGUCCGUGGACCGCGAAGGCUUCCUCUACUUCCACGACCGCCUCGGGGACACCUACCGAUGGAAGGGUGAGAACGUGUCCACGCGGGAGGUGGAGGGCGUGCUGUCACUCGUGGACUUCCUGCAGCAGGUGAACGUCUACGGCGUGUCCGUGCCAGGGUGUGAGGGCAAGGUGGGCAUGGCCGCUGUGCAGCUGGCCCCCGGCCGUGCCUUCGACGGGCAGAAGCUGUACCAACACGUCCGCACGUGGCUCCCGGCCUACGCGGUCCCCCAUUUCAUCCGCAUCCAGGACACCCUGGAGAUCACCAACACCUUCAAACUGGUCAAGUCCCGGCUGGUGCGUGAGGGCUUCGACGUGGGCGCCAUCGCGGACUCGCUGUUCGUGCUGGACGGCCAGGCCCAGACCUUCCGGCCGCUGACACAGGACACGUACCGGGCCGUCUGCGAGGGCACCUGGAAACUCUGAACGGCUGGCCGGUGACGGGGCACGUGAAGGGGCCAGGCCAACGCUGGCCGCUGCCAAAAAGCAAUAAUAAACGGGAGCACUUUGCAAUCGAGCUGCAGCUGCUGUGCCAGAGGAGCGACCGUGCAGGUCUCACGUCUCAAGCCUUUUGACUGUGAAGACGGGGCCUGAUCGACCUUGUGUCCUGAAGAGCUGUUUGCAGGAAUAACAAGAAAGCAUUACGACCAGUGGACUGGUGGCUACGGAACUGAAAAGUGAAAAGCAACAGCGCUGCCUUCCGUCUAUGGAUGUAAUUGUGCCCCUGCCCUUUCUCACGAAUUUCCCUGGCCUCUGUCUCCUGAUCAGAACACUCUUGGGCAUCUGCCUGAAUCAGUACUUCAGGAAUAGUUAUCCACCCUCCCCGGCCUAAUUUUCAAAUAAACGCUAGUUUCCUCUCG